CGUCGUAUGUUUUUUGGGCGGGAGUUCCUGGCUUCACGUAUCGGCGUCUCUUCUUCACGCGCAGCGCGGGCACCGAGGAGGAGGGGGACACAGACAAUGGCGGACGGUGUCGACCACAUCGAUAUUUACGCCGAUGUAGAAGAGGAAUUUAAUCAGGAGUCUGAUUAUCCUGUUCACGAGCAGAUUGACCUUUAUGAUGUCAGCUCACCAUCUGCCAACAACGGGGACGCACCUGAGGACCGAGAUUACCUGGACAACCUGCCUGCGCCGGGUGGAUCCGAGGGGAGCAAAGGAGCUCCGCCGAAUGUCGUCUUCACCUACACCGGCAAACGAAUCGCUCUGUACAUCGGCAAUCUCACAUGGUGGACCACGGAUGAAGAUUUGACCGAUGCUAUUCGCUCAGUAGGCAUCAAUGAUGUGCUGGAGAUCAAGUUUUUUGAGAAUCGAGCAAAUGGACAGUCCAAAGGGUUUGCUCUGGUCUGCGUGGGUUCAGACUCAUCGUCCAGGAAGCUGAUAGACCUGCUGUCCAAACGAGAGCUGCACGGACAAAACCCAAUCGUCACUCCUUGCAACAAACAGUCGCUCAGCCAGUUUGAGAUGCAGUCGCGAAAAAGCAUACAGUCCGGGCAGAUGUCCGGAGAGGGGAAGGCCGGGCCUCCAGGCUCAGGAUCUCGCAGUGGAUUUCCUCCUGGCAAGAAUCGCGGGCGCUUUCCCACCCCUCCUGGCCCGGGAGGAGACCGCUUCCCUGGAUCAGGUGGACCUGGUGGACCUCCACCACACUUCCAAGGUAUGCAAGGCCCGCCGCGUCCCCCCUCAGGCCCACCUGGGCCUCCAGGACCCCCCGGCCCCCCUCUACCUGGGCAAGGUCUGCUGCCGCCCCUCGGAGGUCCUCCUAAUAGAGGAGACCGUCCUCCUCCACCCGUCAUGUUUCCUGGUCAGUUUGGUCAGCCUCCUAUGGGUCCGAUGCCUCCUGGGCCGCCCCCACCUGGAUACGGGCCUCCUCCAGGCCCCCUUCCACCUCAGCAGGGUCUGCCCCCUCCGGGACCCUUUCCUCUCCGUCCACCUGGGCCCUUAGGACCCCCGCUUGGCCUCGCACCUCCACCUCACAUGCAGGGACCCCCUCCUGGAGGUCCACCACCGGCCCCUCACGUCAACCCGGCCUUCUUCCCACCGCCUGGAAACAACAACAUGCCCUCGUCCGACAGCAGGGGCCCACCGCCGGGUGACAUGUACGGCCGCCCCCCUCCAUACGACAGAGACUUUGGCCCUGGUGGCAGGGACAUGGAUUCGUCUCGCGCUCCUCUGAGUGAAGCUGAGUUUGAGGAGAUCAUGAAUCGUAACAGAGCGAUAUCCAGCAGUGCUAUCUCGAGGGCAGUGUCCGAUGCGAGUGCAGCUGAUUACGGCAGUGCUAUAGAGACUCUGGUGACCGCCAUCUCUCUGAUCAAGCAGUCAAAGGUUUCUGCUGAUGACCGCUGCAAAGUCCUCAUCAGCUCACUGCAGGACUGCUUGCAUGGAAUAGAGUCCAAAUCCUACGGCUCUGCAUUGAAACGGGAACGGUCCAGGGAGAGGGACCACAGUCGCUCUCGUGAGAAGCAUCGCCGCAAGUCUCGGAGCCGAGACCGACACGAGGACUAUUACAGAGAGCGCAGCCGUGAGAGAGACCGUCAUCGUGAGCGAGACCGCGAACGUGACCGCGAGAGAGACCGAGAACGUGAGCGGGAGUAUCGCCGUUAGUUGGAGAAGAGAUCGGGAUCACAGGUACGUGAUCAGAAAAGGUGAGUCCCUCAACCUAUAAUGUAAUCAAGUACUGUCAUUGUAAUUUUUUUUCUCCUACAGCUAAUUUUUUUUUAUUUUAUUUUUUUAUACACGAAUGUAGUGUGAUCGGAGUACUUUGAUCCUUAAAACUUGUGUACCUGGUCUUGAAGCCGUUUAAUGUGCAAUAUCAGCUCCUGCAAACUUAAACUGUCCCACAGUUGAUGAUCUCUAGUUUGUCUUUGAAUGGAUUUUGUGUGUAUUUCAAAAGUAUAUGUGCUUUUGCAUUUAAACUGCACUUAUUUGUCCAUUUAACUGAGAUUUGCUGCUACUUUUGACACUAUGCCAAUGUCAAACAACACCCACCCCCCCUUUAUUGUGCCUAAUUGAACAUUUGUUUGCCAAAAAAAUGAAAUUCAGGAUGUUUCAUGCCUUUAGAAUUGCGAUUAUGAAAUCUAAAUUCAACAUGUGACCAUAAAUGUAUAGAAAAUUGGUUAAAGUUGGUUGAGUUUGAGAAAAUGAAUGUAUUGAAAAGAGCCAAAUGGUUUCUCCGGUUGUGCGCUGACAUUCCUGCAGGCAGCUUUGAUGUUGACUAUGGUUGUCCUAGUUCUGGUUCAGUACCUCAGUGAUUUGUUGUGAAAAGCAAAUGAAUGGAGUCAAAUUGAUCUGCUUUGGCAUUUAAAAACGUGAAGCUUGUAGUCUGUCAGUUUGAGGUGUCAUGGUGUAGACAAAUUACAUUUUAAAUGUUGAGCACAUCUGUACAGUAUAAUUGAAAAAAAACAAAGCAUUAUGAAUGUCCUUUGUCAGAACAAGCUAAAUGUAUUUUCACUGUCAAGGGUCAUUUUAUGCAUCCUAGUAUUUCAGUCACAUUUGCAGGUUUUUAAUAGCUAGUCAAAUUGACAUUUUCUCAGUUCAUAUCGUUAUUCAUUUAUUUUCCAUGUUUGUUAAUGUUACGUCCUCUUAGAUGCUGCAAAUGUAGCAGUUCUUCACCAUUUUUAAUGUUUCUUAAAAUGUAAAAUAAAAGUAGAACUACGGUGUCAUAGUUACACCAAUUAUGCAUUAAAUUUUUAUCUGCUCCAUUAAUGCUUAAUGAAUGAAGAACUGCUAUAUUGCUUUUCCAGGGGUUAUAUUUUUAGCAUUUUUAUGCUUUUUUGUUUCUUAUUCUCUAGGUAAACACCCAUGUUUGUGAUUAUUUUAGUUUGAUUUAAUAUGCAACAGAUACUUAAUAAAUAUUUUCACAAUCAGUAUUUAAAUGAAUGCAGCACAUGUCCUCAGUUCAAACCCUGUUGGUCUGAUUUUAGAAACUCAUUACUGUCUAACCUGUUGCUUCAUGGCUCUGCUGUGUGAUGUUUCCUACAGGCUAAAUUUGUACGUAAAUGUAAAUUUGUACAUAAUUUGUAUGUAAAUGCUGAGGACACUGUAAUAUCAUGUGUGAUGCAUUAUGAGUGACCCCCACAUAUGCUAGAUUUAGAUGCAAAAGAAAAUGCUAAACAGUUAAACUAAAAUGGCAACUCGGGUUUAGCAAAUAGAUUGUAAAUGCACAACUGCAUUGUUCAUUUUGUUGAAUGUAAUUCUGAUAGCCUCCAAAUUGUUGUUCUGGCCUCCACAUAUCAAAAAAAUUGCCAAUUAUUCAGGUGUUUUAAGUUUUUCUCUCUUCUCAACUGUACAACCUAGAAUUGUAGCAACACCAUUCAGAGAAAGUCAGCAAUGCACAAUUUGCAUUUUGGUGUGUUCCGCUGUUAUUAAUUCAGAAAUCAUGUUGCACUUUUAAAUACGUGUUUUUAGUCUAAAGUAUGCAUUAGGUUCGAGGUUUUGAAUAGAGAGUUUAAGCACUGCAAACUUAAAGGAAUUGAAAGCAUUUGCUCCAAGCGUAGGACCCUGUUUCAGGGGAUUUAUUGGGAUUUUUGGAUGUAGUGCCUAUAUGUCUGGAGUUCAUCUGCAGAAAUGACUGUGUUCCUAGGUUACUUGUGUAGGUUUUUCUGAAGUAAUGGUCCUGACGUGGUAAUAAAUCACACCCCUUUUCCUCUGUUUACUAUUGUGCUUUAUAAGAUUGUCACAGGAUUGGACAAACUUGUGUUUCUGGGAUCAUUAUCGUUAAUUGUAAUUCCAAACACUAACUACAGUGCAAGAAUUUCCAUGUGUUCAUGUCUAUCUUGCUAAUUAUUUAUUGUAUUAAAAUGGGCGGAAAUACCCUUGAAUGACUAAAGACACAAACUAAUGGUUUAAUAGGAAAUUGCAUCUUUUGUACGUUCUAUUUUUUUGUUGAUUUUUUUCCUGACCAACAGAAGGGCAAAGUUUGACUAGUCUCUGAAUUUUGUCCAACCCUGUGUACUUUAUCUCCAGUGUCCAGUGAAUCACUAGAAUCAAGCAAUUUGGUACA